UUAUUGCACGGUACCAGACUUUCAAAGGAGUUAUACAAACCUGAUGGUUGUGAAGCAUAUUUCAAUCAAAGUUCCACUUGAGUGACUUUUAACAAACAAACAUAAAAGUGUGUGUGAUUAAACAGAAUACAAACUGUCUAUUCAUGAACUUAGUGUUCUUUGAGGUUCAAACGUAAACUGUUGUACUUGCCUGACGUUCAUGGGACAGACAAUCGUGUGAAAAUCUUCUUUCAGGUACAACAAUGAUGCAAACAGAUCCAUGAUGAUUAUAAUUGCCUCAUGUAGGGCUCAACAGGUGUGAAAGAUCCUCAGCAUCAAAAGCCAGUUUUCUAGUGCAGAGGCUGACAGUAACAGCCAAGUGAAGAUGACACAACCUAGGCCUAGGUAUCAGCCUAAACCUAUACAGUCCUGGACAGUGAACUCCGUCAAGGUUAACCAGAAGUGCAAAGAAAAUGGAUUUACUUCUCCACGAGUAUUGUACAGCGCCAACCGUAACCCUCUUCCUGUAAAGCAUUCUGUUGGUGGAGAGUGGGUUAUAGAAGAAUGUGAGGAACACACAUCAUGGGUCAAUAAGGUAUUAAAACGACACAAAUUUCGGCCAGUGAAUGACCUCCGAAAAGCUGUAUCUGAAAGUCUAAUCCUUGUCAAUCUUGUGGAAAUAUUAACAAAUGAAAAAAUACCAGGUAUACAGCCAAAACCAAUAAUACGAGCACAGAAGGCUGAGAAUAUACGACAGUGUUUGAACUUACUGAAGAAAAAACGAACUGAUCUUGAAGGAGUGGAUGCAGAAGAUCUUGCUGAAGGCAGUCUGAAGGCAGUUCUCAAUCUUGUGUCACAAAUCAGGAAACGAUUUGACAAAUCAACAACAAAUGGUAGCAUCCAUACUACGGAGUCUUAUGAUCAACAUACCUCAACAUUGUCCAGACCAAGCAGUUCUAAGUUUAUGCUUGCUCGCGAAGACACCAUAAGUACUCACUCUUUCAAUUCUCUGAACAGCUUCAAAAAACCUGAUUCUAUAGUUACAUACCGAUCUAACGACUCCUAUGAAGUGAAAGCAAACCAAAGUUGCCCCGUCACCAUGAAUAUCGUGUCUGAGCCCAUAUUACCAGGUAGCAUGACCCCUAGGGGUCAUGAGGAGAGUCAACCAAUCGUUGUGCAACGAAUCGACAAACUUAUGUCAACAACCCAGCUAGAUUCUCGUGGCGUCUCCCAGCAAGGCGUUGAAACAAGGAGAGAGCAAAUUACUUGGGAAAAAAGUAAUAGAUAUUCUGUCCGGCCUGAACCCAGGAAGAAACCGUUAUCAGCUUGGUCAAAUGCUAAUAGUUUUUCAAAAUCUAAUUCUCCUGUGAGGGAAGUGUUGUCAGUGACUGUUGAGGAAAGGCUAAAGAAUUUGCUAGAUAGCCCGGCACCAGGGGGCAGUAUCAACUACCAGGGCUAUGAUGACGGUGAGUUGAUCCAACCUGCUCCACCACCAGCAAGAUGGAAUUAUGGUUACGUUGAUGACGAAGAUGAGAAUAAUAACAUGGAUGACGAGAAGAAAAUCAAUGAUAUGCUGGAUAAUCCGAAGAAGUUCAAAGUUCAAUCUGACUGGGAUCGAUAUGUCUCCGGAUAUGUGCCAUCACAUGUUGAGGAUAAACUUGAAGGCCCAAGAGCCCAGGCCUUGCUGGAUCGUCCCAAGAUCUCACCCAGGGAAGAGAAGCCCACUCAAAGGCCUGACCCACUCUUCAAAUCGCCACCAGUUCAGCAUAUGGGCAUGAACAGAAAUGAAAACAAUUUACCAGCAUAUUUCAGUAGCAAUAACCAACAAGAAAGAUUGAACUCAACAUAUCCUAAUUAUAGCCAAGAAAACAAGACUCAGCGUCCACCUUGGUAUAAUCCUCACCAGAACAUGACAACACACUACCAACAACAGCAGAAUAGUCAGCAUUACCAUGCCGAGAAUGGACACUUACAAAAACAUCUGCCAAGCUAUCAGGAACAUAUCAGUAGACAGACUCCAGAAAUAUCCAGAAAGAUUAGUCCAAUGAAAACACAGCAAUGGUGGAAGGAGUACGAAGGUCAAUAUUACCACCAGGAAAGGGAUUCAGUGGAUUAUAAUCAGGAGACAGAUCAAUAUAAAGAAACUGCCUUUGAUCAGUUCCAAGACAAGAAACGCAAGCAUCCAUUCUUAAACCAGUUUCCCAAUCACAGUGAAUUUGACGAUUCAAAAAUGGCAAGACUUCGCCAAAGAAGAAGUUCAAUGCAGGCUAGAAUUUCAUUUUAUGAUGACCCAUCUUCAAGGAGAGGAAGUUCAGUGAUGACUAGUGAGGAAAUGCCAGUCCCACAAUACACCAGUACUCCAUUUGAUGUCGCAGACACACGACGAUCCGAUAUUAAUAAUAGAUGUGAUCGGUUAUUUACUAACACCAGAAAUUAUUACUACGAUGAUUCUCCCGAAUUUGAUCUGAACUAUGAGCCAAGUGAGUGCUCAACGAGGUCUCACACUCCUCCUCUUCCACAACUUUCACCAGGGAACACACCUCCAUCUUCUUCUGGAAGUUCUCCAGUUGUUGGCAGGAGUCGUAGAUCGUUAAGCAUUAGCGGAUUGCCGGAGUCAAUGCAAGAAAGAAUCCUUAAACUGGCAUACUCAGGAAUUAACGAUGAACAAAUCUCCAUGAAGAAUGAGAGUAACAUAUUCAGAGAAGAAAGCUAUCAACAGAAAGCAUUGGAGAAAAUGAAACGAAAGAAAAACAGUAAACCGUCUUCUUCAUCCUCAUCACAACAACCAUCAAUUAGUCAAGUUAUCACAAAAACAGAUGAAAAUGAGCAGUAUGAAGACCAGGAGGACUCGGCAAGCGAGAGCGUGAUGGACACGCGAAGGAAUGACCCCGAACAAUUCAAGGAAAUUACGUCUACUGAGCUUGAGAAGGAACAAAUGGACGCGAUGCCCGUCAAUGCUGAGAGUAUCCGAACACAACUGCUUGCACUUGAAACUAUGUACAAAGAAAUAUUGCAACUUAUUGGUGCUGAGAAGCCUAUAGGGAAGGACUCUAAGAAAAGUUUUUUUGGAAAGAGACAUUUUAGUAAACCAUCAACCCCAAGAGGGAUAACAAAGUCAAAAGCUGGCAGUCGACCAUCAAAACAACGAGAUCGCGAUAUCAAAGCGGUCAACAAAAGAUUCUCGCGGGUAGAGUCACACGUUGUUACCUUAGCCAGGAGCGUUGCUCACCUUUCAUCGGAACUUCGCACACAAAGUUCAGUACUUAGAGAAGUUGAAUCACUGAGGCAUGAAGUGAAUCAGUUACGAGAUAUGCAUAUGAUGAACGUAAAUGAAUUGUUGUCGUCGCCAAAAUUCCGGCCAAUUCUACCACAGUGUGCUAAUCCACAAAGAAUAAAGAAACUUACAAAAUUUUUCGGUGAGGAGCCACCCCUCCUGGCUAUGUUUCUUAAGGAAUUAGGGUAUCAGAAAUAUGCUGCAAACUUUGAAAAGGAGGGCAUUGGCAUGAUAGAGCUUCCUUACUUAAGUGAGGAAAGAUUGGAAAGCAUCGGUGUCCCUGCUGGUCCUCGGCUAAGAAUAUUACAGGAGGCCCAACUGAUUGUCUAGAUAACAGACAUAGAGUGUGGACAAAUUAAAUGACAUUGAAAUUUAAAAAAAAAAAAACCAUGCAUAUUAAACUUUAAACAUUUUUGAAUUGGGCAAAUUCUACUGUAUAUUAUACAGAAAAUUAUGCAAGAAUGGAGACAGUAUUGUUUAGUAUAUGGCAGAAUCACUUUAAUUCAAUACAUUAUGUGCCCAAGAAAAAUUAUAAACAUGAUUUUAUGAACUAUAUUAAAAAUUUGUUUUCACAAGUUAUGAAUAUUUUUUAAGGAAUUAUCACAGUGGGUACACCAAGUAUAUAAGAAAUCAGCAUUGUAUAUAUUAUUUUGAUAAAAAAAUAUUUUUGAUUUAUUAACAAAAAUAUAAAUAUAGAAUUAAGGUGCUUUAUACUGAAAGAGGUGCGAGUUUCAUUGUUUCCAUAGUUACAGUGUUGCUAUAGUUUCAGUGUUCAUAAACAAGAUCAAGCCUUUCAAAUGCAGUUAUCAAUUUUCAUCAUAUUUUAUAAAAACAUUUUUAUAAACAGUACUAAAUUUUCAUAAUGAUAUACGGUAUUUUGAUUUUUACGCAAGUCAGAUAUUUGUUUACUUGGUGAACGUUCUUGAAAGGGGAAAUAUUUUAAUUGACUUUCUGUUUACUUCCAUCUUUUGUCAAUAAAACAUUUUAUAGAAAAUUAA